CGUUGGAGGAGGCAACGCCGAAAGAAGCUGUUGCGUCGCCUCCCGCCCCCCCCUCCAUGAGCUUCCUCCCAUCCGUCGAUCCUCCGUCGCCGCUCUGAUCGUUUUGGGAUCUAGCUUGGACGAUUUGUGUGUUCAACGAUGGGAGUCUCGGUGGACAACAUUCGGGGUCUCGUGCUGGCCCUAUCGUCGAGUCUUUUCAUCGGGUCAAGCUUCAUCGUGAAGAAGAAAGGGCUCAAAAGGGCCGGGGCGCAUGGCGUCAGAGCAGGUUCGGGAGGGUUCUCAUACUUGUACGAGCCUCUCUGGUGGGUUGGGAUGCUUACUAUGAUACUUGGUGAGGCAGCUAACUUUGCUGCCUAUGCAUUUGCUCCGGCAAUUCUUGUAACUCCUUUAGGAGCACUGAGUAUAAUUGUCAGUGCAGUGCUAGCUCAUUUCUUUUUAAACGAGAAACUGCAUAUAUUUGGCAUCCUUGGGUGUGUUCUUUGUGUGGUUGGUUCUGUUAGUAUUGUUUUGCAUGCUCCAAUAGAGAAAGAUAUUGAAUCAGUUAAGGAAGUUUGGUACCUUGCCACUGAACCAGGGUUUAUCGUUUAUUUCUGUGUGGUCAUGAUCUUGGUUGUUUUUCUCAUCGUCCACCUAGUUCCACGUUAUGGGCAAACAAAUUUGGUGGUAUAUGUUGGAAUUUGCUCACUCAUGGGUUCCCUGACGGUUAUGAGUGUAAAAGCAGUGGGCAUUGCGUUAAAGCUAACAUUAUCGGGAAUGAAUCAAUUUGUCUAUGCUCAGACCUGGUUUUUUACAGUUGUUGUAGCAAUCUGUUGUCUCAUGCAGAUGAAUUAUCUGAACAAGGCACUCGACACCUUCAAUACUGCUGUGAUAUCCCCAGUCUACUAUGUGAUGUUCACUACUCUCACCAUAUUGGCUAGCAUGAUCAUGUUUAAGGAUUGGGCCUCCCAGAAUGCUUCCCAGAUAGUCACUGAGAUAUGUGGGUUCGUUACAAUACUCUCUGGUACUUUCCUUCUCCACAAGACAAUGGACAUGGGAGAAAGUACUCCCAUGGAAACAAUAGCCCUGAGUGACUCCUAGAAAUUCAAACAAGUAAUUCAUCCUUGCUUCGGUCAUUGAUCGAUCAAGUUUCAGCAUCAAAUUACUCCAUCAAAUCAGAUCGUCCCACUGAAACUCCUGUGCAACUCUUUCCUGA